ACUCAUAUCGUCGCGAACACAGACGCGAAUGUGUGAGUUAAAAUUAAUAAACGCCAUGUAAAAAUGUGUGUCUCCUGAGAAAAUGUUCGCGAAGUAUGUGAUUUGUGUGUUCCUGCUGCUGUACGCAGCAGAAGCUAAGCCCAGGGAAAUUAAAUGCCCUGAUUAUUGCAAAUGCGACGUCAUAGAGACUUUGAGGCGAGCUACAUGUCAGAAUAAAAAGCUGUAUUCCAUUGAAAUUGACAUACCGCCUCAAGCCGAGGUCUUGGACUUGUCCUACAAUCAGAUCAGUGAACUGGGAAGCCAUAUAUUUUUGGAGAUUGGUUUGACAAAUCUGAAACUGCUAAACCUGUCGCACAAUAAAGUUAGCCAGAUUCAUCUGAACGGCUUCGAAGGCCUUGCCAAAUUAAGAACUCUUGAUUUGUCUUACAACAUGCUCCGAUACUUCACAGACCAAUGGUUCGUGAGUUUAAACUCUUUGCAGGAGCUGUACCUCAAGGGAAACAACCUCAAAUCCAUCAAUGAAGAGCCACGACUAAACCUGAAACACCUCCGGGUGUUAGAUCUGGGCAAUUGCGCUAUAACAGCCCUGAACCCAGGGAUAUUCCAAAAGCUCCCCAACCUUCAAGUUCUGGACAUAUCAGAGAAUUACCUCCUCACCCUAAACGUAGAAGUCAUAGCCUCUUUGACCAAUCUGAACACGCUGCUAGUAAACGACAAUAACUUUGAUUGCAGGGAUAUCAGAAUGACUCGAUUGAGAAAUUACACUAGAACCAAAGGCAUCAGCUAUAAGGACCCUUGUUCCAAAAAUAAGAAGAAGAAGACGGAGCAAUUCGAGAGAAUGAUGGCGAUUGGUUCGCAGGCACCUGAGAAAAACGUGUGGAUUUACGACGAAGAUGAAGAGGGGAUGAAGAACGUAAAAGUUGUAGAAGUCUGUGGUGGUGGCACUAACCAAAGUGUUAGUUUUAUGGGUGCAACAGAUAAUGUGCUGAUGGAAAUUAUGGGAAUGUCACCAAUCCUGUCGGUUGUAAUAAUAUUUGCCUUCGGAAUAUUUCUGGGUCUGAUUCUUGGUUGUUCGAUAGAACUGCGCCCCAAAUCCCAAGAAGAACUCGACGAUAUCCAUCUGCCUGAUGGUAUGAUAGCUUCCAGAGCAAGAUCUAUGAGUAUAGGCAGUAGACUGGCGAUGGCGGGUCAAACCUCUGAAUCUAUACCUCUAACUAGACAGCAUAGCCUCGGGAGCAAAUCAACUGCUCUAAUGAGACAGAACAGCAUCGGCAGCAAGUCCUUAGGAAGGCAGAAUAGCACUGCUAGUAACUUUAGACCGAGAUCCAAAAGUGGUGGUAGUAGAAAGGUUAUGAGAGAAGACAGAAAUGUCCUGCUGUUGCACGAUGCUGGAAUGUCCGAUUCCACGCCUGUUAUAGCGAGGAAAACUUAUUUAUAAUUUUAUAUCGUAAUAAUUUUAUUGACUAAGAAAUACAAGAACUGCAGGUACAGUUCUUUGUUUUUAUUCGAGUCUUCAGUGUUUUUGAUUAAAAGAACAUAAUUCAAUAACUUUUAUGACUAUUCCAAAACUUUUUUUAUGAUGUGAAAAUACGUAUACUUUAGUAAAUAUAAUAUAUACAGUAGAAGUGAAGAUAUCUACUAAAAGUUGACUAGAUUUUGUCAUUUUAAUGUGAUAAAUAUAUAUGACAAUAUUAUAAAAGUUAGACAAUGUAACUGAAUAUAUGUAUACAUAGGGUUAAUUUAUUUAA